AUGUUGGAGGCAGAAAAACUUGCCUUUGAACAGAAAAUAAAGGACCUGCAGGAAGAUGUUUCAAGAAGGGCUGAGGAAUUAACAAACAACACCAAGAAGACUCAAAAGCUCCAAGAUCUUGUUAAAUCCUCCAAAACUCAGCUGCAGGCUGAGAAAAACAGGGUUGAAAAUCUCAAGAAAGAGGGGAAAGAUUUAAGGUCUGAGCUUCAAAUUGCAAAUGACACCUUGACACAGUUUUACAAGUUGGAGGCAGAAACACUUGCCCAGAAGCAGGAGACAGAGGCUGAAAGGGAAGAGAGAAAGAGAAAGGAGGACUCAGUUAAAGCCAAGAAGGUAGAAGCGCUCCAACAACUUGUGGAAUUGUUCAAAACUAAGCUGCAGGCUGAAAAAAACAGGACUAAAACCCUUCAGAGUGAACAAGAGGAAAUCAGGUCUUCCCUUCAGGAGAUUGCCAACCAGAACCUGAAGCAGGCUAACCAGUCAGAGGCUGAGAAACUUGUCCUGGAGCAGACUGUGAGGGAGCUGCAGGAGGAGAUCAUAAGCAGAGCAAAGACUGAAACAAUUUAUCUCACCAAGAUUCAAGAAGACCUUGAUAUGGUAGCUUCCCAAAACAUUCUUCUGCAGGAAAAGGGGCAGAUGGCUGAUGACCUCAUGACACAACUGGAGGAAGUCAGGCAUCAGCUUCUGGACAAAAACAGCGAAGAGCUUAAUCUGAUUGAAGAAGUGACAACAGAAAACAAGUCUCUGAAGCAGAAGGUGAGUGACUUGCAGAGAGAGGCCCAAAGCAGAGAGAAGUUUUAUGAAGAUCAGCUGGAGACCUUAAACAGUCAGCUAAAAGAAGCAAACAGCACCUGGUUCCAACUGGCAUCCGAUCUAGAAGACACGAAAGAGAUCUGUCAGGCCCUGCGCAAGGACCUGAUUGAGCUCCAGAAAAUACCUGAGGUCACAGAGGAAACCCCUGAGAUGAAGGAGGUCUCCAAAACAACACCUGAGACCAUCAAGGCAACACCUUCGAUAAAGAUCUCCUGGUGGAGGAGAGUUAAAAAGCGAAUGACUCCCAAACAUCUGUGCCAAUACAAGCAGUGGAUGUAG